CAAUAACACAUAAUAGCCAAACCUCAACUAAUAAUGGGUGUUAAAAUUUGGUCAUCUCCUCUUUUCUUGCUAGUUAUAACUUUAGUUUCCUUGGCCUUAAAAGCCAAUGCUGGAGGAAUUGCUGUUUAUUGGGGCCAAAAUAGGAAUGAGGGAACAUUAACAGAUACAUGUAGAAGUAUGUUAUUUAAGUAUGUUAACAUAGCAUUUCUUUCCAAAUUUGGGAGUGGCCAAAAACCCGAAAUCGACUUGGCUGGCCACUGCAUCCCUAAUGGUGGUGGGUGCCAAAGAGUGAGCGUUGGCAUCCGAAAUUGCCAGAGCUUGGGGAUUAAGGUCAUGCUCUCCAUUGGUGGUGGUAACGGGAGUUACUCUCUAUCAUCGUCCGAGGAUGCUAGAGGCGUUGCCGAUUACUUGUGGGAUCAUUUCCUUGGAGGCCAAUCCCAAUUUCGACCACUAGGCAAUGCUGUACUAGAUGGCAUAGAUUUCGACAUCGAGUCAGGUAAGCCACACUACCAAGCGCUAGCACGGAGACUCACCGAGCAUGGCCAACAAUCAGGGAAGAAAGUUUACCUAAGUGCUGCACCACAAUGCCCUUUCCCAGACCAAAAGCUCAACGGUGCCCUAAAUACUGGGCUUUUCGACUACGUUUGGAUUCAAUUUUACAACAACCCUAUUUGUGAGUUCGAUGUUAGUAACCCUGAGAAGUUCAAGAAUUCUUGGAGAACAUGGACCUCAAAUAUCCCAGCUAAGAAGUUCUUUGUUGGGUUGCCUGCUGCAGCAACAAAGAGCGCUGCUGGAAGUGGGUUUGUUCCUGCACAAACACUUAUAAACCAAGUGCUCCCUUUUGUUAAGGGAGUUGGUGAAAAAUAUGGGGGAGUUAUGCUAUGGGAUAGAGCUAAUGAUGUGAGAACUAAAUAUAGUCAACGCAUCAAGAAUAGUGUCUAAUUAUGUACGUGGUCAAUAAUGAACCUAUUUAAGUUUGUGUACUCGUAAUUAAGAGUCUAAUUAAGUACGUGGUUAAUAAUGAAGCUUAUAUACUGCUGUACUCGUAAUUAAGUGUCUAAUUAAGUUUGUGGUCAAUAAUAAAGCUAUUGAAGUCAAUGCCAAAUUAGUUUAUGUUUAUGUUAGACUGUAGUAAUUAAGGUGCUAAUGAAGUUUUUUUAAAUUUGUAAGAAUAUAUUACGUGUCUAUGUAUGAAUCGUAUGAUGUAUUUUAUCUCAAUUAUCCUUCUAUCAAAUACGA